AUGAAUAAUGCAUCACGCGAACAGAUCCUGUUUGAUUUUCAGGAAUGUACAGGCUUGGAAAAUCUCCAGGAAUGCAUAGAUUUUCUUGAGCAACAUCAAUGGAACCUUUUGAAUGCUGUGCAGGCAGUGCAUGAUCAGAUCAGUGGUGGAAAUAGUACAACUAGCAGAUCCACUGUACCGAAACAGACUAAAGCAGCAUCACCGUCAUCUCAUCGAUCCACGACGACGACGAUAACAACAACAACACAUCAACCGGCUGCGACCAAAAAACACACUCCUCCAACUACCACCAGCUCGAAACUUCGUAGUUUGAAUUUCACCGUCGAAUACAAAGAUCAUACAGAACACAUAAUCAUGCUGGAAGAUGAUACAGUUCAUAAAUUGCAAGUGAAGAUCAGUGAAAGACUUCACGUACCUAUUAGUCGACAAAAAUUUUCCAAUUGGACUUCGAAAACUUAUGAUGAACAUACAAUACUGAAAGAUCUUCAUUUACCAAAAGAUAAUACUAUCCAUUUGAUCUCCGCCACACCAGCAAUGUCAAAUGGUGCAAGUCGCUCAUCUACAUCAUCGACAAGUGCUGCACAUGCCACAAAUCGAGCACAGCGUCCUCCGAUCUCACCGGCGGAAAGAAAUUCGAUGACAACGACAAGCAAUGAUAUUCCUAUAACGGUGCUAUGUGCUGAUAAAUCAGGCAAAAACACGCCGUACGAAUUACUGAUGAAACAGCAUGUGACCAUUGGAGAACUAAAGAAGGAAAUUGAACGCGUUGCUCAUAUUCCACUUCGACAGCAAGAAUGGACCGGUUUGGGUAUUGCAAAAGAUUCAGAUGAAUUUCGUCGUACAUCUAUUAGUCGAAAGGGGCAACUUCUCGUACGUAAAGGUGAAACGACAUCCCAUCAGCAAACACCAGUGAUAAAACGUGAUACCAAACAUACAACAAUUGAAAGACAUAAAAGUGACGAUGAUGUCAUGGAUAUUGACCCAGAACUAGAUUUAGAACAGUUUGAUGAUGAUAUGAGUACUGUCCCUCAAUACAUGUCGAGUUCAAGCACAGCCAGCAGUCUUUCAUCAACUCGAGAAUUACUCAUUCCUGAUCGUUGUACAGAUGAAGUUAUGGGACUUGAGCAUUUCAAUCGUGUCUUUCAUGCACGAUAUGGUUCUACUGGACCAAUACUUUACAUGGGUUCAUUGGAACAUGCUCUUCAAGAUUCCGUUAGUGCAUCCCGUGACGAAAGACGUCCGUUAGCUAUCUAUCUUCACAGUGAUCGAUCUGUUUGUGCGAAUGUCUUUUGUGCUCAAGUAUUAGCUUCUGAAACAAUCGUCGAAUAUCUAGCAAAUAAUUAUCUCGUAUGGGCUUGGGAUGUAACAGCCGAUUCUAAUCGGAUAAGAUUAUUAGAUAUGUUCAAACGUCACUUAGGUCCACCGUUUGCUCAACGAGUAUUCAGCAUGGAUAAAGAUGCUUAUCCUCUGAUACUUAUUUUCACGCGUACGCACGGUUCGUUAGAGUUGAUCAAUGUCAUCGAAGGAAAGUGUACACCAGGUGAAGUGUUGCUUCAAUUGAUACAGUCACAUGAUGCGUUCGACCAACAACGUGAACGCGAUGCAAAAGAAGAAGCUAUGCGCGAAGUACGAGAAAAUUUGAAACGACAACAAGAAGAUGAGUAUCAUCAAUCGUUGCAAGCUGAUAAAGCGAAAGAAGAAGCACGCUUAGCUGACGAGCAAAAGCAAAAACAAGAACGAGUUGCUCAUGAAAAACGACAACAAGAACGAUUGCGAGAGCAACAGGAUAGUCAAGCUCGUUUACCUUCGGAACCAGCUGAGAACGAGCAAGGUAUAACUCGAUUUAAAAUUCGUCUGCCGGAUGAUGACGGUAUCCUGAUGCGACGUUUCCGUGUGAAGGAGACACUCCAAUCUUUAUUUGAUUACUUAUCCAGUCAAGGACGUAUGUUUGGUGAAUACAAACUACUGACUACAUAUCCCAAACGUGAUUUAACAACACUCAAGCAAUCAGAUACAUUUGAGACGUUAAAACUGUUUCCACAAGAACAACUUAUUCUGGAACACUUGUAG